GGUUUUCCCCGGUCACGGGUUGAUGGCGGCGGCCUGGUGCUGGGCUUCAGGAGCUGCCGGCUGUGGGAGUGCGAGCCGCCUGUGGAUGGCGGAGUGAAGGCCGAGUGUUUGUGGGAGCGGGGUCGCACUCCGUCAGCAGCCGGUACCAUGGACGGUGACAGCCGGCCGUCAGAAACUGCAAAGCUGCUGGCUCCGGUGAACAGCUAUGGCUCCCAGGGCGGCGUCCAUGUCGUGGGCCCUCAGCGCACCCUUCCAUCCCAGGGGCAAGAGGAGGAGCUGAGGAGGAAACUAAAAUAUUUCUUCAUGAGUCCCUGUGAUAAGUUCCGAGCGAAAGGCCGGAAACCCUUCAAACUUCUCGUACAAAUAUUGAAGCUCAUCGUAGUCACAGUGCAGUUGAUCCUGUUUGGGUUGAGUAACCAAAUGGUGGUAGAUUUUACAGAAGAAAACACAAUGACAUUUAAGCACCUCUUCCUGAAGGAUUACACAGAUGGGUCGGAUGAUUCCUACGCUGUGUAUACACAGAAGGAUGUCUAUGAUUCUAUUUUCUACACUGUUGAACAGUACCUGGCUCUGCAAAACCUGACUCUGGGACGGUAUGCCUAUGUGUUCAGCAGUGACGAGAAUCACACUGCUCUGCAGCUCUGCCAGCGCUUUUAUAAGAAGGGCAGCAUCAAUCCUGCAAAUGACACCUUCAACAUCAACCCGCGGGUGAUAACAGAGUGUGUGCAUGUGAGUCCCGCUUUACACGUCGAUCCCAGAGAAACGCCACAAUACAAGAACAUCACAUUAAAAUUCUACAAGCUAAUAGAUGUCUCCAUACGGUUUAAACUGAAGGCCAUUAACAUUCAGACCAUUAUCAACCAUGAAAUCCCAGAUUGUUAUACAUUUCAGAUUCUUAUCCUAUUUGAUAAUAAAGCGCACAGCGGCCGGAUAAAGAUCACCCUGGAUAAUGAUGUGGUUAUUAACGAAUGUGUUGAUCCCAGUGUUUUUGGAUAUGCUAAUAGUGAUGCUGGCCGAUUGGUCUUUGACAUUUUUAUCAUCUUAUUGUGCAUGCUUUCAUUUGUCCUGUGCACAAGAUCGAUCAUCAGAGGAAUCAUGCUGCAACAUGAAUUUGGGAAAUUCUUCCUGCUGAAACACGGGAAGGAGGUGUCGUUCGCUACUCGCAUGGAGUUUCUCAAUGGCUGGUAUGUUCUGCUGAUCGUCAGUGACAUUUUCACCUUCUUGGGGACAAUCAUGAAGAUCGGAAUUGAGUCCAAGAAUUUUGCAUCCUAUGACUUGUGCAGUAUUUUACUGGGAACCUCGACCCUGUUGGUUUGGGUUGGAGUUAUUCGCUAUCUGAGUUUCUUUCAGAAGUACAAUAUCCUCAUCGUGACUCUCCGAGCUGCUUUCCCCAAUGUCAUCCGGUUCUGCUGCUGUGUGGCUGUCAUUUACAUGGGUUACUGCUUCUGCGGCUGGAUAGUGCUGGGGCCUUAUCACGACAAGUUUCGGACACUGUCUAUGGUCUCGGAAUGUUUGUUCUCGCUCAUCAAUGGGGAUGACAUGUUUGUAACGUUCUCUCAAAUGCAACAGAAGAAUACACUGGUAUGGCUGUUCAGCCAAUUGUACCUAUACACCUUCAUCAGUCUCUUCAUCUACAUGGUCCUCAGCCUCUUCAUCGCCCUCAUCACUGGCUCCUAUGAAGCCAUAAAGCACCAUGGGAUCAGUGGGGUCCGUCCCCUGGAACUGCGUGAAUUCAUCGCUGAGUGCACAGACGCUCCAAGCUCUGGCAAAUUCCGGGAAGUGGAGAGUUCGGUCUGCUCCUUUUUCUGCUGCUGUGACAGGAUGAUGACUUAUGAGGACACCCUGUUGGUGAACUGACUACAGCAUCUGCUCCAAGGUGCUGCUGGGACCUUGUGCGGUAAUUCCAGCUGGCCGUGUGCAGUGUACAGCAACCGAAACCUUCCAGUGAAAUGGCUAGAUCAGCAAAGGCAUGCCUCCCGUGUUCGUAAAAAGCUGAAUAGCUCAAAGGAACACUCGAAUGGAAAUUCCUUCCUCCAAUUAACUGAUGAAAUGAAUGGCUGGCUGGCAGGUUUAUUGUAAAGAAGAAUAUUUUCACAUAGAGGUUUUAAUUUAACAUACAAAGGGAGCAUUACUGUAAGACAAUCAUGUUUAUUUAAUUAAUUCAAUGACUUGGAGGCAUUGAAAUCUUUUUCUUCCUCAUAUUCCGCUGGCUGGAUAGGAAAUGACAUAGACUUGACCAGACGGCUAUUGCUGGAAGCUUGAAUCAUUAUCCAAUGUGUUGAAAAGCAUUCUCUGCUAAAUCCUUGACUUGUCCUUCUCUGACAAUAAUCUUUUCCUCCUUCCAGCCACGUCAAUGAACUGGAUUAAUGUGUUGGUAAACAGAAGCUGUGUAGUCAUCAGUGAUGUUGCUGUAAUCCCAAAAAUAAUCAGUCUGUUGGCCUUUCCUCCUUGUGAACCUGUCCCAUGAUUCAUUUAGAUCCUGGGUGAUCAAUCAAUCAACUUCUGUUUACAUGGUACUUCUGUAAUCUUAAAGACUCUGAUUGCACCAUCCUUAAUCUUCUGUUCUGCGGACCUGUAUGUUCAACUUAAUCCUUUUAGCCUUGCUAUCAUGCUGGUAAAAGUGCAUUGUAUAAAUCUCUGAGGCCAGUAUACCCUUCAUUGUCAGGGCUGAAUGUAGUAUGUCCAAUUUUUGUUGGCUUUCUAGGUUUUUGUUACUUGUUUUCCUAUAAGUCCAGUCAUUAUCUGGAAAGUCCAGUUGUUCAGGGGACUGUUUCUCCAUCGUGAACAGGUCACUUUGCAAGUCCAUUUUCCGCGCUCUGUGUGCUCUGGUCACUGGUGUUGCUCAAUGAUCUGGAGGUGGUGAUGGACUGAGGGCAGGCCUAGCAGCAGAGAAUGCGUGUUGUACAGCACACAGUCUAUUUAUGCCGCGGAAUCUGUUUAAGCUGUGCACUACAGCUAACAGUCUGCAGAAUCUAUUUUUUUAAAAUUAGCGCUUUCUGGUGAUGGCUGUAACCAAAGGGAGGACAAAUUUUUUCCUGCCCAGAGUGGAGGAUAGUUGUGUAAAGCAAAUUAUGUGUAAAAACCAAUGAGUUGCUAUGGCUGUAUGGAUGUGAUUGAAGGGCAGUCUGUCCAAUCAUCUCUGUUCUGACUGAGAUUUGUGUCGCUAUAUGUUUCCACAGAAAGGAUACAAUACUUAGAGGUGCUACAGAGUGUAUUCACAUAGCUGCUCAGAAAUUCAGCACCUGCCCCCCAACCCCACCCAGUUUGUCUCAGUUCAAAGCCAUUAAAUCUCAUGGUACUGAUACGAUGAAUUUCCGCUGCCUCUAUUGAGACCAGGAAUCCCUGUCAACAAAAUCAUGUCCAAAUUGAAGCUCUGAUACAAGUGGGAUCACCACUGCAUUUGAGCUGCUAGAGCUAAGAGAUUGAAAAAUUAAGGGGUCUAAAUUUCCUUUUGGAAAAGUGCAAGUUAAAAUAUAGUCAUAGAGAUGUAUAGCAUGGAAACAGACCCUUCGAUCCAACUCAUCCAUGCCAACCAGAUUCCUAGAUAAAUGUAGGCCCAUUUGGCCCAUAUCCCCCUCAAACAUUCCUAUUCAUAUACCCAUCCAGAUGCCUUUUAAAUGUUGCAAUUGUAGCAGCCUCCUCCACUUCUUCUGGCAGCUCGUUCCAUACAUACACCACCCUCUGAGUGAAAAUGUUGCCCCUUAGGUCCCUUUUAAAUCUUUCUCUUCGCACCUUAAACCUGUGCCCUCUAGUUUUUAACUCCGCCGUCCCAGCGAAAAGACUGUCUAUUUAACCUCUCCAUCCCCUCAUAAUUUUAUAAAUCUCCAUAAGGUCACCCCUCAGCCUCUGACGCUCCAGGGAAAAUGGCCCCAGCCUAUUUAGUCUCUCCCUAUAGCUUAAACCCUCCAACCUUGGCUUUACUGAACUCUCAAGUUUCACAACAUCAGCAGGGAGACCAGAACUGCACGCAGUAUUCCAAAAGUGGUCUAACCAAUGUCCUGUACAGCCGCAACACGAUGUCCCAACUCCCAUGCUCAAUGCACUGACCAAUAAAGGCAAGCGUACCAAACGCCGCCUUCACUCCUGUCUACCUGUGACUCCACUUUCAAGGAACUAUGGACUUCACCUCAAGGUCUCUUUGUUCAGCAACAGUCCCCAGGAUCUUACCAUUAAGUGUAUAAGUCCUGCCCUGAUUUUGAUUUUGGUUCCUUUUUAAGGCUAAACCAUACAAAGUGGAAGUACGUUACAAUUGUGAGAAGUUGAAUUGCAGUUGGCCUGCCCACCGAUUUUCUUUUAUUUUGCCUUUAGUGGAGUUUUGAGAGUGCCUAGAAGCCCCUCUAUAACCUGAUUUGCCUGCAAGUGCACUCUGUCCAAAAAAAACACACAGUAAUGCAAUGAUGCAGUGUAUGUGAUGUGCAUUUACUAUGACCUGACCUUGUACAGUAAAAGGGAUCGAAAAGCAUUUGAGUUAGGCCCUGGAAAAGCUCACUAAAUAUUUUGGGCUCAGCAUGUGCUGUCUUCAGGCAAGUGUGACACAGUUAGACGGGCCCGUAUGUUCCCUUGUGCUGCUGUGUGAAAUUGCAGACCGUCUCCAAGGUCUUUGCUGUUUCAGUGAGAGGAGGAGGUGGGUGGGUGGUGCGAGUGAGUAUUGAUUGGACUUUUCAGGGCGAUAACCUUGUGUUGAUACGUUUCCCUGAUCCACGCCUCAAGAUGCUGGAGGAGGUUUCACUAGCCCUGUGCUGCCUGGUUAUUGAUGGUUACAAAUCCACGUGGCUUCCUACACUUUCCACUCACAAGAACUGGCAUCUUUCUGGUGCGAUCCCUGUUAGCACAGCCGCCCCAGUGCAAUGUUCCUUGUCUCUUUCCAUCGCUACACAUUCCAUCCUCAAAUAUUAAAGAGCGGUCUGGUAAAUGAUAGUUUGGUUUCAAAAGUGUUAAUAAAUUCUUUUCAACCACACUCAUUCAAAAUAUAAUUGCGAGUUGUUCUGCUGUGAUUUUGCACUCUAACUCCACUCCAAUCAGUUGACACAUUCAGAUAACAUGCGUGCAGCAAACCCACAGUUAUCAUCUGGAACUUGACCUUAUUGCGGAUUUUCCUGUUCUUCAGUGGAAAUGGCUGUCUACUUCACUACAACUGGAGUUUCAGAUCAGACAAAUUUGACCUGUUAUGAUUUCACUAAUUCAGCAUCUGACUUGAACUGUGGUUAACAGCUGUGAUUUGUGGUGCGUCGAUUCUGGUUGCUAGUUGCUUAGUUUUUAGAGGAAGGAUGCAAUGGGGCAGCGUUUAGGAGCUGAGGUGCUAGAGGAAGGCUCUGGUCUGUGUCCAGGUUGAGGGUUCGUUGGGUAUUGUGCACUAAACACCAGCUGGACACUGUUGUCGGAUUCUGGUGAUAUCUGGCCAGCUUUCAAACUGUGUUGGGUGACCUCCCUGAGAUACUCGCCUGGGGCUGCUAUCGCAAUUAAUUCCUUCAGACAGUGGGGAAAAGGAAAAUCUACAUCAAAAACUGAGGGCAUCAGCAGUGCACAACAGGGAUUGCUGAGAGGAAGAGAGGACAAGCUGACAUUGGACUAGCCUCCUUGUACUGUAGAAGCAGACUGUAACCAAUGUACUCUGGAGUUCAGUUGUGAAGAAAGGUCUGCCCCCCACCCCGGCACCUCGGAUAUUCAGGUCGAUACCUGAACCACUCGUACUGACAGAUGUGUGUGUUUAUCCUGUGUCAUGCAGGAGUUUACACCAUGUCUAGCUCUGUAUGUGGAAGCACAGUGAAUUGUGUAAAUUGGGAUCCAUGUGUUGAGGGUUUUAUAUUUCAAUAAAACGGGGUUUGCUCCACUGUUUGUUGUACCAAUGUUGUUUUAGACUGUUAGAGUACGCAGUUAUAUUGUUUUUGCCUUGAUAAUGUGGGCCAUUUUGUUGACAGCACAUUUUCCUGUGUUUUCUGCCUCUGUUGCCCAGAACUCCAGAGUCGUACUUUCCAAGGUAAUAUAACAACCUGUGUACAAUUUCCUAUUUUAAGCUGUUUCCAAUACGCACAAUAAUAAAUUUAAUUUAAUGUA